CAGGUGGUGGUGGUCGGAGCCACCUUCCCCGCGGGGCUGAGCCAGACGCUGGAGAAGUUCACCGAUGUGGGCCGGUUUGUCACCCUCACGACCCAGAGCCUGCACCACCUGCCACCCCACGUGCAGCAGAAGUUUGUGCGCCUCAAAGGCUGUGACAAGCUGCCCGAACUGCUGCAGCUACUCAAGGAGCGCCCAGCGUACAGCGGGGCUGUCCUCAUCUUUUGCAACAGUGCCAGCACUGUCAACUGGCUGGGCUAUAUCCUGGAUGACCACAAAAUCAAGCACCUGAGGUUGCAGGGACAGAUGUCAGCAACUGCUAGAGCUGGCAUCUUUGCCUCUUUCCAGAAGGGUGAAGUGUCUGUCCUUGUCUGCACUGACCUUGCCUCUCGGGGGCUGGACACCAGCAGCGUGCAGCUGGUGGUGAACUAUGACUUUCCAGACACCCUGCAGGACUACCUGCACCGUGUGGGACGGGUUGGACGCGUUGGAAGCAAGGCGCCUGGAGUCGUGGUUAGUUUUGUCACCCAUCGGUGGGAUGUGGACCUGGUGCGGAAAAUAGAGACUGCAGCCCGGAAAAGGACAGGUCUCCCAGGCAUGGACUCCUCUGUUAAUAAGCCUCAACCUAAAGGAGGUUGA